AUGCGCCUGUUCCCAGUCCGCUUUUCGGCCUCCUCGGCCUCCUCCUCGAUGGCGAGCCUGGCCAAAAUGCUCGACUUCUAUUCGGGCUUUAACCCGUCGCCGCUCUCCAUAAAGCAGUUUAUGGAUUUUGGUCAAAAUGCCUGUGAAAAGAAAUCCUUUAUAUUUCUGCGAAAGGAGCUCCCAGUGCGACUGGCUAAUAUAAUGAAGGAGAUCGCCCUGCUGCCGGAUAAUCUGCUGCAUACCAGAUCCGUAAGCGAAGUGAGCUCCUGGUAUGUGAAAAGCUUCGAGGAUGUGCUGGAGUACGAGAAAGCUGAACCCACCCACGACAAUCUACAGAAAUUUGUGGCCGAUUUGGAUCUCAUUAGGAAUCGGCACAACGACGUAGUGCAGACGAUGGCCCAGGGAGUCAUCGAGAUGAAGGAGAACGAGGGUGGCCAGGUGGAUGCGCCCACCGAGAGCUCCAUUCAGUACUUUCUCGACCGCCUUUACAUGUCACGAAUUAGCAUCCGGAUGCUGAUCAACCAGCACACCCUGCUUUUUGGUGGAAAUCCCCAUUCGGGUGGCCGUCACAUCGGUUGUCUGGACCCCGCCUGUGAUCUCUCGGAUGUGGUGCGAGAUGCGUACGAGAAUGCCCGUUUCCUGUGCGAUCAGUACUACCUGACCAGUCCGGCGCUGGAGAUACAGCAACACACCUGCGAGCCCUCAGACAGCCUGCCCAUCCGGACGGUCUAUGUGCCAUCGCACUUGUACUAUAUGCUCUUCGAGGUCUUUAAGAACUCGAUGCGAGCGGUGGUGGAACACCACAGCCAUGACAACAAUGACACAUUGCCUCCACUGAAAGUGGCCAUUUCCAAGGGCAAGGAGGAUAUUUGCGUUAAGAUCUCCGACCAGGGUGGUGGCAUUCCACGCUCCCAGACAGAUCAGCUUUUCAAGUACAUGUACAGCACGGCGCCGCAGCCCUCGAAGUCUGAUCUGCACACAGUGCCGCUUGCGGGUUAUGGCUAUGGCCUGCCGAUCUCCAGGCUUUAUGCACGUUAUUUCCACGGGGAUAUAGUGCUGCUAUCCUGCGAGGGUUUUGGCACUGAUGCCAUCAUCUAUCUAAAGGCUCUGUCCGAUGAGGCCAACGAAUUGCUGCCCAUCUUCAACAAGACAAGCUCAAAGUUCUAUCGCGCCACCGUGCCCACCGGUGACUGGUCCAAUCAGAGCUCGGAUAUGAAUGCACGCCAGCUGUCGGCCAGCAUACCGAAACGCUAUAGCGACUUUGUCCAGGACGCUUGAAGAGGAGGAAGUGAAGCCUCCGGAAAAAAGCCACUCAGGUUUAGGCAACCGCAACAGGACAAACGAUUCAGGAACCAAUUGUUGGAUAUAUAUAUCACUAGCUCUAGGCAAACAUUCCCAAAGUGCAACAGCAGCAGCAGCAACAACUCAAAUUUGUAUUCAUGGCAGUAACGUGUAGUUAUCGUGUGUUGUUAUUUAAAAAAAGGCGAAUAAAACUAAUACGGAUGAAA